CCUGCCGUUGCUUGCUUCCUUGGCUUUACAAGUACCUUGUUCGGCGUUGGCACGUUCCAUUUCAUCAGUGUCCCAGCAAAUCGUGACGCUUGUGGCGUGUGGUCUCCGCGUGCAGAAGAAGGGCAAAUUUGUGUUUGAUUGUUUUACCACAGAUUCAGUGUGAACAAAGAACCAUCAUGGGCCACCAUCCUGAACCACCGGUGAUGAUUUCGGACAAGCUGCCGGAAUCGUUACGUAAGAAGAUGAUUACGUUCCAGGCGAAGAACGAACUGCCCGUCUUCCUGAAGGGUGGACCAGCCGAUAAGAUCCUGUUCGGCGUUACCGCUUCCCUGUGCGUGGUCGGUGUGCUGGGAAUUUUCAAGAUGGUGUACGAUCUCGGAUUCGCCAAGAAGAAGGCCUAAACCGAAGGUUGUUCAUGUUCCCGCCGGUGAUAGUUUGUCGUCGUUGCAGUCGGAGAUGGAAAACUGAGCUAACAUAAAAAUUUGUGUUUUAU